AAACAACAAACUUUGAACUGAAAAGAAACGUUGGAUUGCCGAUCCACUUUCUUCGUACUGUCUUGCGGUCGUUCUUUCAUUGUUCUCUUUCUGCAUUGUUCUGGCUUUUGAAUUACGCUAUUGUAAUUUGAGGAUUGAGCAUUUUAACAGCGAAGGAAAAGAACUUUUUUUAUAAGUUCUGAAUUGUCGCAAUUUACUACUGUAUGACUAUGAGCAUUUUUUUCCAUAUAAUAUCUGGAAUAUAGACACAUAAAUUCAGAAAUUUAAGCCAGAAUCAGAUAAUGUCAGUCGCUCCAGAAAGUGUUUCUAUUCGACACCGUGGCUCAUAUGAUUUUGAAACACAUUACAGUAGUUUAUGUGCUCUGCAAGAUACUGUUCCAUUGCUUGAAGUGAAGGCACAUUUGGGUCAAGGAGUGCUUGACAUAAACAGUGAUAAAAUACGAUUGGUCGACUGGUCACCUGUUCUUAACUCACUUCGGAUAAACAAAAAUUUGAGAUUUAUUGCAAUUCGAAGCUACUAUUCACAAUCAGCGGAGAAGGAUGGGGAACAAAAGAAAUCUCAUUAUUUCAAGCGUCGACCACCAGCAAUUCAAUCCAAGGAUAUGACACUGCGAUUAGCUCAAGCCAUUUCUGAAUGUUUGAAACAAACAGAAAACUUGAAGUGCUUGGACCUGCAGGGAAUUCCUUUUCGAAAGAAGGAUUUGGCUUUCUUGUCAAAGGGGCUUGAAAGAAACACCACACUUACUCAUGUAUCAUUGGAAUAUUGCUAUAUAGGAGAUCAAGGAUGUGAACAAAUAUGUGAAGCCUUGAAACAUCAUUCUUCAUUGACUCAUUUGAAUUACACAGGAUGUGGUCUUACAUGCAAAAGUGCUGAAGCCGUUGCCAAAUUGAUAAAGCAUCAAUCUACUGAAAGACAUAGUGAAGCUUGGAUUGACAGCUUACGAUAUAGACAACCAAACUUGAAUAGCAUGACUGGACUCCGAAGAAUAACUUUAAAUCACAACCCUAUGAUUGGAGAUGAAGGUGUUCGUUUAAUAGCGGAGGCUCUCAAGGAUGACUUAUGGCUAAAAGCCGUUGACCUUCAAAACUGUGGAAUUGGUAGGGAUGGUGCAAACGUUUUGAUUGAGACUUUGAAUCAGAAUAAAACAUUACUUGUGCUUGAUGUCAGAUUCAAUCCAUUGAUAGACAGAAGCCUCUUGCAUACUGUGAUCGGUCAAGUUUUGAUCAACUCAAAUGGAUACGAUGACAAAGAGUUUCCCUGGAUUAAGUCUGAACCACCCAAAGAUCCAUAUCGUACAAGGCCAAGAAGAAGAUUCAAACAGAUAGGAAAUACAUAUGGAAGGAAAACCAGUAUAAGAUCAGCUCCCAGGCAAUCCGCCAGAAGUGGUCGAAGUCAAGCAAGCCCAAGUCAUAAUCAUCCUGGUGAUGAAGGGUUCGUGCCAUGGAGAACAGCAUACAGAGCAUCUCAGUAUAAAAGAACAUACACCGACAAUGAGCAGAUUGGAACACCAAGAUAUUUACAGAAUCCAGAGAGAACUAAUUCACCUGAAGCAACAAUACGAGUGGAAAACGAAGAACAAUCAAGUGAUGAUGAUGACUAUGAGACAACCCAUGAGCAAACCCCUAGAAUGAAAAAAAGUUUAUCCCGUUCUCGCCGCCAUGUUUCUCCCGAUAAUAUGGCGUCUCCAUCUAAAGCAUAUAACAAUGUAAUUAGGGAGCUCAAGAUUGAACUUUUUGAGGCUCGUAAAACUGUUGCAGAAGAGAGGAAGGCUCGUCGUAUAGCAGAUCAACAUGCAACAAAUUUAGAAAUUGAAAAUGUUAGAUUAAAAAGAGAACUAGAAGAAAGAAAUGAAGUUGAUGGAAUUCGAUCAUCAUUGGAUGAUGAUGUUCUCCUGGAAAGUAUAGAAACUUCCUUCAACAAAUUCCAUGAUUUUCUUGACCUACUGAAGCAAUUAGGGUUGGGAGGUCUAGUUGCAUAUGCUGGAAUGAGCGAUAUAUCUUUUCCUCUUGGUGACAAUCAGGAUAAGGGGAGGGAAAAAUUGCAUAAAGCAGAGAUGCAGAAAGUUAAAACUCCAUCAAUUUCAGAAGAACGUAGCAAACAUUCAACCAAGGAAUCAUCAAGGCACACAAGCCAAGGAACAGAUGUUUCAGAACAUGAUGAUGUAAAUUAUCCACCUCCAAUAACAAUACACAGUCAAUCUACAAAGGGCGAAGAAGAAGCAACAGGGAGCCUACAGUGUGCUGGUGAUGCUGGUUUGGUUCACAAACCACAAAGUCGUCAUGCAGAAACCAGUGAUCUUUCUCUACCCAAUAUGUAGCCGGAAAAAUUCAGUCAGGUCAUGAAUAUGGAGAGUUGAGUGCAACACACACGGAGUCUUUUUUUAGGAACUAGCACAUGAAAUGCAUAGAUAAACAGUGAUGGUGUUUAUUAAAAAUUUCGAAUAUGGUAACUUGAUACUUCGUAGCAUAUGAUAUCUUUUAUUUUGCAAUGUAAAUGAUCAUUUUUACACUUAACUGUGUAACCUUUCAAUAAAUAUUGAAACUGUGAUUUAUCAUUAUACUGGACUGGUAGUAUAUAUGCUAUUUAGCAAAAAUAUUGAUAUGCUUCGAUUGAUUAGCAAUUUUUAUGCUUUAUAGAUGAAUCUUUUUUCAAAGUCUUGAAUAACAUUUAUUGGACAUUUUUGAUAUGGAUAAUGCAACUUCAAGAAUUGCUGUUGUUGUAUCAUUUGUCACAUUCAAUCAAAAUUUGACGCGGUUUGGUUGGUUUUAUUUUGAUCAGCUUUAUUAUUUUCUUGAAAUUAGGGUCAAAAUUAUGCUAAACAUCAGCAGUUCUUAUAUAUUUUAAAUAUUUUAGUUCACUGUAUUCUUUAUAAAUAUUGACCAUUUUUAUCAAAUAUAUAUAGAUUGGUAAAGGUG